AUGGCCAACAAGCGCAGACCCAAGCAAACCCGUCCUCCCUACCGCCGAUAUGUAUACCAGACGAGUUUUGUGGAGGAGGGGCGGGACAAUAGAAGGGGGGAAGAUCCGGAGCACGUGCCCACCGACAAUUUCGGCAAUUGGCAGGACUUCAACCCGGCGCAGAAUACCAAUAUCCGGUCCGUGUAUGUGCUCACGCAAAAGGCGGAAUUGCAGGGCAAGAAAUGGCCGCUCUCGCAGUUCGAGAAGGUCGACGUGCUAGCGUGCUGCUUGUACUACGGCAGCGACGCCCACAUGCGGGAUUUGCAGCUCGAAAAGGCCGCCCAGCAGCACGCCCAGGCGGCGCAGAAACGGCCGGUGCUUCCGCCUGAAAUCGUCGCGUACAUCCUCGAAAUAUUGUGGUUCUGGGGCGAGCUCAAGCCGCGGUUUCUCCGCCUCAGCAGGCUUCUCCAUGCAAUGGCCGCGCCGCUUCUAUAUAGGCGGCCCGAGUUGCGGGGAGACAACUUCCAUCGGUUUGUGGACACGGUGAAUGGCCACAAGACGUUUGGCUCGUAUAUCCGGGACCUCGACCUCGCGUACGUCAACCAGAGCGGCAAAAACGCGUCUGUGGCCAAGCUCCUCAAACGGCUGCGGCCCGUGCUUGUGCAUUUCGUGGCACCGCAGACCAGUUUUGGCUUGGGGCCUCUAAUGGCCCUCCGCGGCUGUGUGCGGCUCAAGUCGUUGGAUUUGCGGCUCGUGUCCGAGACGCUCAAUCUCGAGGAAUUGUUUCUGUCGAUCCGCCAGCUCGACUCGCUCACGCACCUUUCGUUCCCGCGGCUGUCGAUCGAAAUCAGCGAUUACAGCGGCAUCAAAUGGCCGCCGCGGCUCGAGUAUCUCCGCGUGUCGGGCGGCAUUUCGGACGAGUUCUUGAUGCAGCUGGCGUUCCCCACCACCAUCCGCCACAUGGAGUUUGCACACUGCCCAAAGGUCGAGCACUUUGGCUUCCAGCAUCUCCUCCUUGAGUUUGGCCGCAACUUGAGGUCUCUCCGCAUCCAGUUCCCGAUGCCCGGGCUCCAUGCAAACUCGCUCGACUCGGUCUUCGAGCUCUGCCCAAACCUCCAUACCUUGGAGGUUUCGGUGGACUACCUUCUGGCGGAGUUUUUUGACGAGCGGUACCUCCAAAAGCGGCUGGACCCGCGCCCGCUCCGCACCUUGUACAUAGAUAGCAGCGGCAUGCUUGGCACCACGGACAAGUUGGAUGCGAUCGACUUGGCGUUGGCGCUCAGCGAGGCGCGGCUUCCGCUUUUGAAGAACGUGCGUUGCACGGCGAAAUUGGGCUGGGACCCAAAGUCCGAUGGUGUUUUGCACAUUGCCAGCGAGCUCGAGGAUCGUGGCGGCGGGCUUUAUAUUGGGUACUAG